AUGGCUCCAAUCAAAACCCUCCUCUUCAGCACCCUCCUAACCCUCACCCUCGCAGCCGACUGCGUCACAAACAAACACGGCACCUACACCUACACCGUCAGUCCCCCUCCUCUCACCUCCCCCCCCCAUCUCCUCCCCUCCAUCAUCCUCCUCUCGUACAAACACCCCCCACCCCGCCAGAUCACCGCCCCCCAACCCAUCCCCGACAUCUCCGGCGUCUGCGGCGGCCUCUGGGACAACCUGGGCGGCUGGAGCCAAUGCUCUGCCUCCGAGAGCAGCUGUGGCGUUGUUGGGCAGUACAAUGAUUUGCAGUGGAAGUUUACCGUGCCGAGUAUUUGUAACCAUGGCAUGGUGGAGAGUGCGUGGUGGGAGGCGACGGAGAAUGCGUAUGGGGAUUUACAGUGUGAGUAG